AUGGCAUUUAGAGCCCAGCAUGUGCUGAGGAGAGCAGCUUUAUCGCAAUAUGCUCAACAGACUACCUUAUAUUCAGCGCCGAAUCAACGCCUUUUUCGGGCGCACUACAGCCCAUCUGAUUUCGCUUCCUCGUCCAAAAGUGCCUUGUGCCUCCCACCCUGCAAUGCAAGAAGCAUUUCACCAAUCUCAAUUAGAUUAUUAUCAUCUUCCACUGCAAGCUACGGUGAGGAAUAUGACGAAGGACCUAAUCAACGCGCCAAACGACCUCCAAGAUGGUAUCAAAGGCCUGCAGUGUGGUUGUUGGGAGCAAUGCCGAUUGUGACGCUCUAUUUGGGCAUUUGGCAAAUUAAGAGAUUGAGAUGGAAACUGGAUUUGAUCGAUGAAUUGGAAUCAAAGCUGAAACGUGAACCAUUAAGUCUACCCAAGAACAUCGACUUGGAUAUGCUUCUAGAACAUUACACAAAUCGACUCUUUACCAUUUCCGGAUCAUUUCCUCCACCUACACCACAAAACACAAUCUUCUUAGGCCCAAGAGUUCGAGAUGGACAGAUGGGCUAUCAUGUUCUACAGCCCCUGCAAAGAGAUGCAGGAGGAGGAGAUAUCAUAGUCGAUCGUGGUUUCGUUCCCAAAGAGAAGAUUCUCAAUUUCCGAUCGGAUCCUUCUACUUGGCGACUAAUGGAUACCGCAUUCAACACCCCGACUGCUACGCAUCUCUUGCUUCUACCGCGAAAGAAAGAACGCAACUCUUUCACGCCGGUCAAUGAUCCUGCUCGACACGUAUGGUACUUUGCAGAUGUAGAUGAAAUGGUGCAAUACUUUUCUGGCGAAGAAGAGGAUCAGGAUACAUAUACGCCUUCGCAUGGUGUUGCCGAUAGUAUCUUUGAAGGAAAUUUGGGAGAGGCUUCACGAUACCUGCAGAAUGGAUUGCCAAUUGGACGUGCUGCAACGGUCGAAUUGCGUAACCAACAUGCAGUGUAUGCUGCCACUUGGUUCUCUCUUUCUGCUGCCACAAGCGUCAUGCUGGCAAUCCUAAUACGAAAAGGCCCUAAAGUUUAA